AGAGCUGACUAUGUCAGUACUGCUGGUUGGUUACUCAUAUCAUUAACACCAGGGUGGGGGUGCGUGUGUUAUAGGUCUUGUCUCGGUGCUGAUUCACCGUGUGGAGCGCAGACCUCUGUGAGCGGAAGACAUCAAAUAUGACGCCAGCCAAAAACGUCUUGUUACCAUGUUAGGUUAAACUUACAUGGAACGAUUUAGCUUGAUUAACAUUUAACAGUGAUUGACUAUGGGUCUGCUCGCUGCGUUAAUACAUUCAACGCACGGGUCUCUACUGAAGUCCACGUUUAAAUAUAAUUGUAUUUCUGAAAUGAAGCAAAGAUAGCUUAAGACUACAGACUGCUCAUAAUACGCGAGGAAGAAACAGUGCAACAGUCGCGUGCACAAGCUCGAGAGGACGUGCAGUUGUUUGCUGUCCAUGGUGCUGCUGAUUUGAAUAUUUUGAACUCUCUCUCUCUCUCUCUCUCUCUCUCUCUCUCUCUCACCCCCCGUUCCCUGAGGGGGCUCUGAGCGUUGCAGCAUUACCGCUUGUCUCAGUGCCCUCUCUCCUCGCUCUUCAGAGCAAACGUGAAUGAAUUGCACUGUAAUGGGGAUAUCACUAUGUACCGGAAAGCUGAUUUCUUUCUCCGGAUAGUCCACCACGACAAAGAGGACAAAUAACUACGUGUCCGUGGUUCUUUAGACGGAAAGACAAGCUAAACGAGCGAGUUGUAUUUGUUAUUUACGUGUAGUUUUGCGUUUUCCUCCAAGGUAAACCGGUACACCGGUUAUCAAAAACAAGCGCAGUCGGAAGUUACCGCCAAAAAACGAAAACAGGAUAAUUCUUCAUCUGCGGUUCAUCUUCUGUCUGAAUAUCUACAUUUGUCCCAGGAGUACGUCUGGAAAGGAUUUUUUUCUCCCGCAAUCUCCUCACUUUCUCUCCUCGGCUGUCUUUGAAGACUAUCCGGUCCCAUCUCGCAAAGGAGACUCCAACAUCACAGCAAGACUGCUGAUCCCAAAGGAUGAACUACAAAUGAUGCUCCCUCCAGGGCAGUCAUCUCUCCCUGGCAGGGCAAUGUUCUAAGCGGGGUCCCCCCAGACCAUCAUGAAAGGGUACGGACCCCAGCAGCGCUCGCGCCACCUGUCCGAGUCCUGCGAUCCGUCCUCAGGCCCUGGCGAGCCCCACUACCCGCCGGCCACGCUCCCCCGCAGCCCCUACCUGCUCAGCCCCACGGCCAUGGACCACUAUGGCACCCUGGACCCGCACCAGUACUCCCCUACGCCGGUGCCUGGCGGCCUGCCGCCCGACUGCAUGCUGCCCCUCAACAGCCAGCUGUCCACCAGCAGCACCUUCCCACGCAUUCACUACAACUCGCACUACGAGCAGGGAGAUUUCUCCCCCACCUCAAUGCAGGGCGGAGAUAGCAUCGGGGGAAUCUCCACGGGCACUAUGGGCACCUCUGUCUCCAUGGGAAUGGGCAUGGGCCUUGGCAUGGGGCGCUCAGCUAUGAUAACCAGCGGAUCGGCUACCAUCUCGGGUGGUGGGAAGAAUCGCUUGCCCCCAAACCUGAUAGAUCAGUUUGAGAAAGGCCAACGGGACGGUUUCAGCACCCUGCAGUACCACCGGACCACCGCUGUCGCCGCGGCCGCCAAGCAGCAGCGCACCGACAGCCCGGGACGCAUCCGUUACCUGGUCCACUCUGUCCAGAAGCUCUUCGCCAAGUCCCAGUCCCUGGAGAGCUCCGGCAUGAAGGGCAGCGUCAACGGCCGCUCCGCCAACAGCUCCGGGGGUGGGGGCUCAUCAUCGGGGGAAGACGCCAAGCACCGGCGCAGCAAGAGCAAAGACCGGGGCACCAAGAGCGACAGUGGCCCCAAGCGUCGGCCGCGCUCCAACAUGUCGGGCUACUGGAGCUCAGACGACCUGGACGAGGUCAGCAACUACCGCAACCCCAUGGCCAUGAUGACUCUGGGCAGGCAGGGCACAGGCCUGGUGCCCGGUCAGGACAGCCAGGGCACCUCCAAGUACUUCGUGCACGGCUACAACACCAUCAGCGAGCACUCGCUCAAGCCAUCUAAGAGCAACAACGACCUGAAGUACCAAGGGUUGUCCACGCUGCCAGGCCCCGGAGGAGGAGGCGGAGACGGGAGCGGGGGCGGUCGAGGAGUGGGAGGGGGAGGGGGGAUGGUGGCCGGAGGAGACUUUGGCCGGGGGGGUCCCUGGGCCACACUGACUCUAGGACAGACGAGGCAGGUGGUCCAGAAGGGCUCGGCGACGCUGGACCGCUCCAUGCUCAAGUCCAAAUCAUGCCACCAGGACUUGGCAUGCCAAUACCUACAGGUGCGUGGCUGGACGCCUUCUGGAGGGGAUUGGAACAGCACUCUGGGUCGCAGCGGUGGGCCGGGCGAGAUCCCGUGUCGCCGCAUGCGGAGCGGCAGCUACGUCAAGGCCAUGGGCGACCUGGAGGACAGCGAGGACUCAGAGGGGAGCCCCAAACCCUCCCCCAAAACGGCAGCGCGGCGCCAGAGCUACCUAAGGGCUACACAGCAGUCACUCAGUGACCAGCUCCCACCGCGAAACCGGCUGCUGGAUUUCUCCAUGAUACAGGGGGAUCUGGAGGCGCUGUGGUCCCCUCUGCAGAGUGUCUCGUCUCUGCACCAGCUGGGCAGUUGUCUUCCUUCUCUUAGAGAGCUCUCUGGAAAUCGUAGUCUGGAUAACCUGGACUGUAUUGGGGGGUCGUCUCCUUUCCCCCGCUGGGACGACGACGACUUCAGCCAAGGCUGCAACACUCUGGGCCGCAGCAGCUGCAUGAGCCAGGUGCGCGACAUGGAGAUGGGCCACCGUUAUGGUGAGGAGUCCUGUUCGGAGUUUGGCGAGACCCACCCCCACUCCCACGGCCACGCUCGCUCACAUUCACGGCCAGAGGAGCCCCCGGAUCUGCCCAUGCCCACGUGCUUCCGCUCCCGUAGCCAUAGUUACCUCCGGGCAAUCCAGGCUGGCUGUUCCCAGGAUGACGACACAGCCUCGGUGGACUCGGAUUCGCCACCCCCAACUGCCACCACCGUACGGACCUACAGCUCCAGCACUGUCUCUACCUGCAUAACCACCUGUAAGAAGGUGGCCCCUCCGCCCGUCCCGCCGCGGACCACCUCCAAGCCCUUCAUCUCCGUGACUGUGCAGAGCAGCACCGAGUCCGCGCAGGACGGCUACCUGGACGGCCACGAGCGCAAGAGCGAGGCCAACAGCCAGUCGGGCCACAGCAACUCCUCGGAUAGCCUGGACAGCACGCGGGCCAGCAGCCUCGCCAAGUGCCCACGGCCCCAGCAGCUCCCCGUGGCCAGCCCGCGUGACCCACCAGCAGUCAUUCCCACCGCCACGGUCAUCUCCCCGCCGGAGGCCCGGCCCGUCCCUGCCGCCCCCCAGGCCCAGAAUGAGCCGGCUAAGGGCGGCCUGAGACCAGACAUUGAGCCCUUGCCUCGCAGAAAGCUCUCCUCCAUCGGGAUACAGGUGGACUGCAUCCAGGAAGUGCAAAGAGUCGAGACCCCGCCACUGGCCAGAUUUCAGUCAAUCGGAGUGCAGGUUGAGGACGGCUGGCAGCUCAGUCGCUCAAGCAGCAUGGCGUCCAAACAGGAGACCGACACGGAAUCCCAGGACUCCGCCCCGACCCCUGCGCCGGCUCCCAAGCCCGGCGAGAAGAAGAUCAUGGUGAACAGCAGCAGCCAGGUGGCCGACUCGCCGCCGCCGCCUACCACUAGCCAACAGCCGCAGCUCUCCCUCGACAACGGCGACCACAACGACGACGAGGCCGUCACCACCAGUGGCCCGGCACGGCAGCUGCUCACCAGCCGCUCGGCCACGCGCAGCUCCUCGUCCUCCUUCUCCGAGAGCCUGGACCCGGCGCUGGACCCCUCCUCGCUGCCCCCACCCGAACCCUGGAUGGAGAGCGGGAACGGAACGGCGGGAGCGGGGCCGGGCUCCGGAGGCCCCGCCAUGUGCCGGCGUGACGGCCACUGGUUCCUCAAACUGCUGCAGGCCGAGACCGGCCGCAUGGAGGGCUGGUGCCAGCAGAUGGACCUGGAGGUGCAGGAGCACCAGCUCUCUGAGGAGGUGUUAGGUAAAGUGCGCAGUGCUGUGGGUAGUGCCCAGCUUCUGAUGUCAAAGAAGUUCCAGCAGUUCCGAGGACUAUGCGAACAAAACUUGAAUGUGAAUGCUAACCCCAGGCCCACGGCUCAGGAUCUGGCAGGCUUCUGGGACCUGCUGCAGCUCUCCAUAGAGGACAUCAGCCUGAAGUUUGAUGAGCUCUACCACCUGAAGGCAAACGACUGGAAAGUGGACAGAGACUCGCCUGACAAACAGGAGAACCAGAAGCCAGUUCCUGCUGUGCCAAAGAAGCCCGGGAAAAGCAAGCCGGCGAUGGGCCGCGAGAAGAGCAGCGACGCCGCCGCCGACAAGCAGCGGCAAGAGGCCCGCAAGCGGCUGAUGGCCGCCAAGAGGGCAGCGUCUGUCAAGCAAAACUCCGCCACCGAGAGCGCUGACAGCAUCGAGAUCUACGUCCCUGAGGCCCAGACGCGACUUUGAGAGAGAGAGAGAGAGAGAGAGAGAGAGAGUGAGAGAGAGAUCAGGGGGUUGUGAGUGGGAUAGUGUUAAGAUUAGUUACACAUUAGGGCAAGAAGGCUAAAACAAUUAUGGCGAGUUAGAUUGAGUGAUGAACAGAUGGGUAAGGCUAAGACAUGGGUGAGAUGAAAUAAGAGGGCGAAUGAUUGGAGGAGGGACAAGGAACAAUACCGAAACAGAUCUUUGGCCUCCAGUCCACAGUCACAGGGAAAUACCAUUCUUUUAUUUUGUAUUGUUAAGACAGUACUUGCUUGAAAGGAAAAACAAAAAAACGGAAGGAUGGAAGGCUUAAAAUAUAAAGGAAUCAAGACUGACGCAACAGGACUUUGGAGAACGGGAGGCAUCGGGCAUAGCCCUCUCCGAACCGGCUACCAAGGAAAACCUCACGCAGACUUCACCAUUAGUACUCCAAUUAUUAUUGUUAUUAUUAUUAUUGUUAUUAUUGUUAAUAUAAUUAUUAUUAAAAUGGUUAUUGAUAAUAUUAUCUCCUUUAAAAAAAACUAUAUCAGACUGAUUUAAAUGUUCUAAUAUCUUGGAUAAGAGAUCUUCUAAUGUGUGGACUGGGAUGCAGCCACAUGUUGUUUUGGCUCUCAACCAACUCAGUCCCUUUACCCCAGCUCGGUAGUCUGCACACAACUCCUUGUAAAGCACUGCAAAAGACACUCACUUUCAUACACAGACACUUACUCCAUACACACACACACACACACACACACUCCAACCUGCGUAACACAUGCUCGCUCAGUGGAAUACACAUUUUUCAUGUCUGACCCUCCGCAAUCACUGUCUUCCUGCUCCUUUUUUUUUCCUCUACUUCUUUCUCUUACUCUUUGUAUGCUAUGUUUUUGUGUAUGCCCUUUGUGGCUUUCAGUCUGGGGUCUGGUGGAUCAUAUGGAAAAGAAAAUUGAGAAGCAGUUGUGAGAAUGCAAAUGGAGUAAUGAGAGCUGGAGCCAGGCUCUGGGGGGUAUUCUGUGUACGUGGUUUAGUUAGUGACAAACCUGGGAAAGUUAACUCCGAGUAAGUGAUAAACCUCCUUAAAGAAGAGCCCUAUGGCUUUGUUUUGCUAGGAGAAUGAAGCCAUUGGGCUCUUCUAUUAGGAGGUUUACCACUUACUCUGAGUUAACUUUUCCAGGUUUGUCACUAAACCACGUACAUGGCGGUUGUGAUAUUCCAGCAUGCAAACAAAAAAGAUUUGGGGGAAAAACGCCAUUAAUGUAUCACAUUUCUUUCUUUUACCUGGACCCAGAAUUUCUUUCUCCUUAAGACUGGCUCACUUCUUCUGAGGAGUUCAAGUUUUGUGGAGAAUGAGUGUAAGGUACUUCUGUUUUGCAGUAUGCCUCCAUGUCAUGUAAAGGUGUCCCCAGCAAAUGGCCACCAUUUUGUUUUACUGUUGUUUUGAUUUGUCCCUUUUGGGGGGUGUUUGGAGCAACAGCCAUUUUGUGACUCCAGGUCACCCAAUCACGACCCUCCACUCUCCAGGUGUGACCCUCCCUCAUUCACACUCCUGUGUCUGCCAAAGCAAGUCAUUACCACGAUUGUUGUCAUUCACUGCAGAUGAUUUGGGUCAAUGUCAUUCUGAAGAUGCAUCUCCACCUCCUUAGUAGUUUUCACUUUCAGUGUUCAUCUUCAAAGCUGGUACCCGACAGGGAGUAGAACAUUUAAAGGUUCAAGAAAAGUGUGAAUGCAGCAGAAUGAAAGUAUGCUAUUUAGCUAGUUGAAUGAUUUAGUUUUUUUAAGCUGAUAAAGUUUAGUUUUGAUAGGUCUAAUCUGCUACAGUAGCCCGAGGAGGACUGGUAACCCCCCCCCCCCCCCCAUUAGUCAUGUCCCUUUUGUCUCAUAAACAAAUUUGUCAAGGCAAAGCUUUUGUAAUGUUUUUUUUUUGCAUCAGCCAUGAUACUAUCAUGCAGAUGAUCCUUGAAACUGUACCUUCAUGUUUUAUUGAAACAUUGGUCAGGGUUUGCCCCUAUUGGUAAGCUUGUAGCACUACACAGAUGGUAUAUUAUUUCAGGGGCGCUUGUUGCCCCUCCGAACACUUUUCAGUGUAUUUUAAAAACCACUACUGGAACUGGCUGAUUGUUCAUGGUAUUUCGCCCAUGAUGGGUUAUAGCAUUCAUUGUGCAUGAGCUAACACUGUUUUUGCACUCGCUACAGCCUUUAGCCAGUCUUUCCCUGUACAUUUGAAUGAAGUGAGACGAAAGUAUUUUGCUCUUUUUUUUUUUGUAAUUGUGUAACCCAUUUGCCAUUGUUGCUCCUUUCCUCCAUACGCCGACCAAGCAAUCUGCACAUGUUUUUAUAUUUGAAACAAAAAGAUCAAUCAUUAAAUUCAGUUACACUACA